UCCGCUCAGCCUGGCCAAUCGUGUCUCGCUGUGUCUCAGCACCAUCAUUGCAGUGUGGAGAGAUCAUACGGAGGUACUGCUGGCGGAGCGAGGGACCAUUUGAAGAAGGGAAGAUACACGACCUGGGUGACCGCUCUGACCAAACACGGUUCCCGGUUCCCCAAAACAGCCACUGUGUAGCAUCACUAUAACCAGCUUCAGUUCGAGUGACCCUCAGUGAGUGACAGAUGUGUGACACUGUGGAGAACCAUUUGCAUCUCCCAGCGGAGAUUUGAGUUCUGGGACACUGAGGCAGCCAAAGGGGGGGGUGUCUCUGAGGAAGAUGCUGGGCUCAGAACGCAGUGUUGUCGAAGAAUGGCUCUCAGAAUUCAAGUCCUUACCAGAAACCCACAUCCCCAGCUACGCUGGCAGCCUUCAUCUAAAGAAGUCCUUGGUCCCAGCUCUCUACAGAGUCAUCCAGGACCCCAACAACGAGCUCUUGGAGCCUGUGUGCCACCAGCUGUUCGAGCUGUACCGGAGCUCCGAAGACCGCUUGCGACGCUUCACCCUCCAGUUCCUGCCCGAGCUGGUGUGGGUUUAUCUGCGCAUCACUGCCAGCAGGGAUCGCCAGAGCAAUGGCUGCAUCGAGGCCCUGCUUCUGGGAAUCUAUAACUUGGAAAUCGUGGACAAAGAUGGCAACAGCAAGCUCCUUUCCUUCACUAUUCCAUCUCUCUCCAAACCAUCGAUAUAUCAUGAGCCUUCUAGCCUGGGGUCAAUGGCACUGACAGAGGGAGCGCUCUGUCAACAUGACCUGAUCAGAGUGGUGUACAGCGGCCUCCAUCCUCAGAGAGAGACCUUCACUGCGCAGAACAGGUUUGAGGUGCUGUGUUUCCUCAUGCUCUGCUACAACUCUGCUGUGGUCUACAUGCCCCUUUCUUCCUAUCAGUCAGUCUGUAGGAUGAGCUCACGGUUGUGUGUAUGCGGCUUCCCGCGGCAGCAGCAGAAGCUUUGGAGGGAACCUUGCAACCGAGUGCUGUUGGACCCUGAGUUCAUGGUGCAGAUGCUGACUGCAGUGUAUCAUGCCAUAUACAAUGGAGAGUGGGAGAUGGGGCGAGAAGCUCUGGAGGACAUUGUGUACCGAGCCCAGCUGGAGCUUUACUCCCAGCCUCUCCUGCUGGGGAACGCCAUGAAAAACUCGCUGCCGGAAAGCGCUCCCGACGCACCGCGGGGCCGCAAGGUGCUGCAGGUGGAGGUGACGCCCACCAUCAGCCGUAUAUCAAUCUCGGCCAUCACCACCGCCUCUAUACGACGCCACCGCUGGAAGAGAGAGGCCCGCAAGAAGGAGCUAUUUGAUUGUUUUGACUACUCAACCGAUGCAGAGUUGAGCCUCACCGUCAAUCCUAGCCUCGCCCAGCACCAACACCGCCACCGCACCCACUGGGAUCCCACGGCUAAAGAAGAAAGAGGAGGGCGGCAACACAGCCACCACAGCAGCAGCAGCAGCAUCAUUCCCCCCAUCACUCUCGAGGAUGCUGAUGGCAUGAGUGGCGGGGAGGACUCCUUCAAUAUCAACGACCCAGACGAGGGUUUCUCCUCUGGGGCGUCGAACAGCAGCCAGCCCAGCGGCACCAAGCUUGGCGGCAGCGUGGGGCCCAGGGGUGGCAGCCUGAACAGCAGCACGAGCAGCAUCAAGAAAGCCAUUACUGCACGACUGUCUCGGGACAAGGAGCGAGAGCGGGAGAAGGAGCGGGAGACAGACAAACAGGCGGAGUUGUCUGCGGAUCUUCAGGCCGCCACGAGGAGGCAUCAACAGAGGCAGCAGUCGCCUCCAGCGAGCAUCAACUUGGACGCCAUCCAGCUGAGCCCCAUAAAGAAGCACCUGAGCUUCCCCGCGGGCCCCAUGCUAGUGAGGACUGGCAGCACCUCCUCCAGCAAGUCCUUUGACUGCACGAAUUUCAACCUGAACGGAGGCGAUGGCGAGGAACACGAGGAGGCAGGAGGCUCUGAGAGGGAAGGGCUUCUAGCUGGGGGUUCUCACCGGCACUCCACCAUCAGUUUGCAGGAGGAACACCUGCUCAGGCCGGAGGAGGCUCAGGCCCUGCUGUCUCCUGGAGCACCUCUUACCAAGCAGUCACGCUCCCCCAGCUUCAACAUGCAGAUCAUAUCACAGGUCUAACGUCCAGUGCAGGGAAUGGCGCGCACACUCACACACACGAAUACCUACAUAACACACAGAUUCAUGCAGUUUCUCUCCGCGACUCUCUACAGCUCGACUAUGACGUCUUUCUACCUGUACAUCUGUCUGUGUGUGUCUGUGUGUGUAAGAAAUUGAAACACAUUUGAGAUCUCCAGAGCUGUGUUUCCACCCCGUUAAACAUCCAUUAAAAUUUGUAAUUGAGACCUGCUGUCGUCGUGGGUGGAUGAAGUCACUGACAGCACAACAACGUGAAAAGUAGUGAAUCGUGACCGGCUGCUCCUGCUGUAACUACGGUCGAGUGUAAGAGUCCAGCGUGUCACUGCGUCCUCCUCUCUGCCAAGCUGAGCAUUCCACAUAGAAACUCUCCUCAAAGGGAGGCUGUGAUGAGAGGAGAUCUGCAAGGAUUUCAGGCUAGCUGUAGGUCAUCCGUGACAUUUCAGAUUAUUUCGUUUUCCAGACUGAAUCAGUCAAAAAUGAAUCAGCAAUAACACUUACCGUCGCUCAUUUGGAGAAGAGUGGGGGAUUCGGUUGGUCUGUCUCUUCAUUCCUUCUCCUUCAUUCCCGGGGCUCACGUGCAAUCGUUCUUGCUGAUUAUCUUCCUCGUUAAUUGCUGUUUUUUGGGUUUUUUGUUUUAAUUCGACAUAGAGUUUUAUGAAUAACAGAUCUUUAAAUGUUUUAAAUCAGAGUCCAAAGAAGGGUUUUCUUUUGUGUGUGUGUGUGUGUGUGUGACAGUAGUUUGUCAGGCCCAAGUGAUUCUUUAGGGUUAAGGCCAUGACCUUUAUUUUGUCACAGAAACAAUUCUCAUUUAAUCUGUAAAAUCUAACAAAUAGGAUUGUUGUAAAACCAAACUGGAAGGGUGGCGAGGCUUUGUCCUUCCCCGAGAUUUUAAAUGGUUAAAUCUAGAGAAAUAAAUACUGUGCAGCUACAGGAAGACUUUUGUCUUGCGGUUUGGUUUAAAAUCUGAAUCUCGAUGAAUAACUGCAUUGGACCGUGCACACUUUUGCUGACUGUAUGUUAAAUUUGCGGUUCAAACCGCUCAAUGGAUCCUUCCGUCUAAGAGCACUCGUUAGUGCGCGUGUCGGUCUGUGUUAAAGCUUGUGUGUUGGCGUCAUGUCUGAGCCGGUGAAGUGCUGCCCUCUGGAGGUGUAUACCAGUCACUGCUGACCGCCUGUUUUUGUGCUCUGAUUGGAUGCUUAUAAAACAUUUUGUUCUACCUCAUUGUGUGUUCACCUGCCACUCAGACACGUGUCUCCCAAUCAGAAUGCAGAAUGGUUCAAAAUCAAACUGAUGACCAAUUGGGAGGAUUGCAAAUGGUUUCACACUGCAGCUGUGACGACACUGUAAAGAUUUGCGCGCGUUCGUGUGACAAGUGUGGCUGAAUAUCCUGGCCUUGCAUUUCAGUUGAGUACCAUCAUGUGCAGUUUUUACCUGCAAAACAAAAACCAUCAGGCUUUUCUUUUUCUUUUUCCUGUCAUAUAUCAAUCAGUCUCAUUUGGGUUAUUAUUUUAAGUCCCUAAAAUGCCCCGCUUUGAUUUUUAUUUUUUUAUUUUUAUUUUUUGGAAGUGCAAUUUCAAUCACAUACAUGGAGUUCGAUCUCUGCUGUGAAACGGCUGCAUCUGCGCGCAGUGCUCGCUAGCCUUCUGUAGUACCCCCUGUCCGGGCUGAGGGAUUUGAGCACGGCGUGCUUGUCUGCAUGUUUAGUGCCCUGCGAAGCGCCGGCUGUUUCAUUGGCAUGAAAUGCCCGGUGAGCCAAACCCGAGUUUUGUCCUCGUCUUUGCCAGAUGUGCCGAUACGCAUCCUCUCCUUAAGGACUUUCGGUUUCCCCUCCUUUGGAUGUCUUAAAUUUAAAAAUGCCUUUUUUUUUCUCCUGUCUGCUGUUAUUAUUUUAAAAAAAAAAAUGUAAAAAAGGGAUCUCUAGACACAUGGUUCAACGUGCCCUUAGAUGCAGCUUCACCUUUAUUUGCCAUUUUUAAAAAAAAUCAUCACUUAGUGUAGCUGUUCACAUAUAAAAGCAGUAUAUGAAGCGUCUGUGUACUGUAGUAGUCAGCGGUUUUACUGCAUUUCCAUGUUUUGCUCAAGUGCUUGUUUAAAAAGAGAAUGAAUGAUUAAUAUAUAUACAUAUGGAUAUAUAUAUAUAUUUAUAAAAGUCAGUUCAGUGUGCAGUGAAAAUCCCACACGCUCAUGCUCCUGUGCUCGAAACCCUCACAGCUGCUGCUCCUGGUCCUGAGUGAGUCCUGUGUGUGCUUUAGCCUUACACAUUUCAGGCCAAAAAGCCUCAGUAGUCAGCUCUUUGGCCUCACAUCCUCUUCCUCCUCCUCCUUCUCCUGAACUGGACUGGACUGUGGAGCAUGAAGAAGAGAGGAGAGUAGCUACAGUUCACACUCUCACCUGGUCCACUGUCUGCUGUCAUUGUGCUGUGUGGCUCUCGGCGAGCCGUGUUUUCCCAUUUACUGUAUUUUGCUGUGAGUCGAGUGGCACCUUUUGGCUGUUGUUUUUUUUUUUUUUUAAACUGUUAACGUGUUCUUGUCAUUCACACGACUCCCCCUCACCUGAGGGGUACCAGCAGCCACUUUGGUGCUGCACGCUGCCACAGAGUGACAAAUGUCCGAGAGUGUGUGUGUGGGAGUGUGUGCGUACGCAGUGUUAUUUGCAUGUGAUCAGGGUGGGAAAUGAACGUUAAAGUUUGACUGUGGCUGGAAAUUUUAGCUGCCAUAGAUAAGCUUAUAAAUCCUUAAAAGUCUAUUUGCAUUUCAAUAAAGGAAAAAAUAUAUUUUAUUUAAAUAAAGUUCAUUUCCUGUCCUGCAUGUGACAACUGUGGGCUUUGUUUUCAUACAGUAGAAUGCACUUUAAUCCAUCCACCUCUCUCAAGAUAGUAAUCGAAAUGACAUCCAUUUAUGUGCAAAUACACUCAAUGCAGGGUUUUAGUCUUUUAAAGUAGUACUUGUGAGAUGUCACAUCCAACACAAUGCUAUUUUUUUGUUAAAGUCAAAGGGUACAGCUAUUUAUUAUAUUUUUUUCUUUUUAAAACCAAAAAAAAAUAUAUAGAGAUAUAUAUAAAAUGGGGUCUGGAAGGUCUCAGGAGAUUAUCAGAAAGCCACAUUUAAAAAAAAAAAAAAAUGGCAGCACUAAAAUUUCUGUUCUUGACAUCAGAAUUGAUUCUAUGCAACAUUUCCCCCACCCUCUCCUUUUUAUUUUUUUUAUUUUGGUGGACGGGCUUUCGCCGAUCCUCGUCGGGUGGGAGGGCCCACAUGCAUUUAAGAUGAUUUUUAAAGGUGCAAGACCUCAACAGUGUCGCCAUUCAAAGAUUCUGUUUAUACACCCUGCCGUGGUGCUACAGAGCAAACGACCUCUCUUACAUGGGUGAAUUAAGAGGACCAUCCAUUUGUCAUCCGACCGCCCUCGCAGAGAGAAAGCCACACCUGGACUCUGAGUGCAUGUUGAGCCCUUCUGUCAGUUUGCUGCUCUGUGGCUCAAAGACGCCAGUCGGUGUAUUAAAUAGAUUAGCGAUUAUGAAUGCUUCAAGGGAAGCUGCUGGAUGAUGUGAUUACACUGUACUAAUGAUGUUAUAUAAAUGGAGAAAGACUUAUUUUAAAUCUUGUAAAUAAAUGUACAAAGGUGAAGCAAGAUGAAUAUAAAAAAAUGAACAUAAGCCUGAAAUGUAGAGAGAAAUUAAUGUAUAUUGUUGAAUAAAUAUUGUGCUGU